UCAUUUUGGGUUCAGUCUGACUCCUUGUCAACACAAACCACCCUUGUAGCUCCUAGACUGAGCCAUAGCCAACAUUUGGGUAUGUGUGGAGUUCUGAAAUGGCAAAAUGUAGGAGUACAGUGCUUUACCCACCAAGUAUGACUCUGUUUUUAUCUCAUCCACCUGUUUUCCCCAGGCAUCUUUCCCAGAACAUUUUGGGGCAGAAAACCUUCAUUUGAACAGCCACACUCACAUCCCCAUCUCUGACUGCCAGCUGCCCUGAGUCUCAAAAGCCAGGGAUGGAUGGGAAGAAUGCUGGUUCUCCACAAAAACAAGUUAUCUUCAGGAAAAGCAGCCGUGACAAAGCUCUGUCAAUCUACCUGGGAAAGCGGGACUACAUUGACAACGUUGGGAACGUGGAACCUGUAGAUGGUGUUGUAUUGGUGGAUCCUGCUCUUACCAAGGGGAAACAAGUGUACGUGUCCCUCACCUGUGCUUUCCGGUACGGCCAGGAGGACAUCGACGUGAUGGGCCUCACCUUCCGACGGGACCUGUUCUUCUCCAGGGUCCAAGUGUUCCCUCCUGCUGACAAGCCAGAGCCUCUUACUCAGUUGCAGGAAUCUCUGCUAAAGAAGCUGGGGAAAAAUGCUUAUCCCUUUUUCUUUACAUUUCCAGAUUACCUGCCUUGCUCGGUCUGUCUGCAGCCUGCACCUCGUGAUAUCGAUAAGACCUGUGGGGUGGACUUUGAGGUGAAAGCUUUCUCAACAGAGAAUGUGGAAGAGAGAGUUCAUAAGAGGAACUCUGCUCGUCUGCUGAUCCGUAAGGUGCAGUACGCUCCGGAGGAGCUGGGACCACAGCCUUGUGCAGAGACCACCUGGCAGUUCUUCAUGUCCAACAAGCCCCUCCACCUGAAAGCUUCCCUCAGCAAAGAGGUGUACUACCAUGGCGAGCCCAUUCCAGUCACUGUCACCGUCAACAACAACACAGAGAAAACAGUGAAGAAAAUCAAAGUCCAGGUGGAGCAGAUUGCCAAUGUGGUGCUCUACUCCAGUGACUACUAUACCAAAGUGGUGGCUACUGAGGAAGCACAGGAAAAGGUGCAGCCCAACAGCAGCCUGACCAAGACACUGACACUUCUGCCCUUGCUUGCAAAUAACCGGGACGUACGGGAAAUAGCUCUGGAUGGAAAACUAAAGGAUGAGGACACCAACUUGGCUUCUAGUACCAUCAUUAAGGAUGGAAUUGACAAGACAGUGAUGGGGAUCCUGGUUUCCUACAAGGUCAAAGUGAAGCUCACUGUUCCAGGCAUGCUGGGAGACCUCACCUCCAGUGAAGUGGGCACAGAGCUGCCGUUCCGUCUCAUGCACCCCAAACCUGCGGAAAGGAGCCCAGCAGUGAAGCAGAGCUGGUAUUCGAGGAGUUUGCUCGUCAACAGCUAAAAAAUACACCUGAUGAAGAGGACAAGAAUUUGCCCUCAACUGAGGAGUGACUAAAAGAAUAAGCUGCCAGAGGAGCUGCAUAGUUGGACUUCAAUUAGAAAUUUAGGACCUUAAGUUUGUAGUGAACUGCAUGUUCCCAGUGCACAUGUGGUCAUGCAGGGAUCAGCCCUGAGAUCAGUGGACACAACAUUAUGGAUCUCUACUGCUUAUUACAAGUUUCACCUCUGGGAGAAUGUGGCAAACACAGACCCUGGUGCUUCCUCGAGCUACCAGAGGGGGACAGGAAGGCUGCCAUGUCAUGACUUCAGCUUUCAGGGCUGCCUAAUAAAAAGGUUGGUUGCUUUCAGCACUGGCGAGAGUUAAAUGAGGGUUUGUGCAGCCUGCCUGGACUUCCUCAGUGUCAGAAUCUGUGACUUGGAAGUGCCAGUGACCCAAAUCCCAGCCUGGAAGGCUGGCUUGCAGCCCUGAGUGAAACUUCAUUGACCACAGUGUACAAAACUGAUUUUAUUUCUUUUUGGUUGCUUUUGCUUUUAUGCUUUACCACAUUCAUCCAGUGCGUGAUUUCAGUGCUUGGACUGUCCCCGUGUGGAUAACAUUCCUAUUCUGUACUAUUAAAUGUCCUGCAAGUUGUCUCCCUCUGCAGAUAUAAGGCUGAUACACAGUAUUUGCUUUCUAGCAAUAUGCUGUACAACCACAUUGUUAAAGAUGAGAUAAAUGUUCACUGUCCGGGAAUCCCUUAACAAAGCUCCCUGUAUGCAACCCCAAAGAGAGAACUGCCAGUCCAGACUGAUCCUGUAUUUAAUAGAGUUUCCUGCAGGCAACACUGCUUCAAAAGAGAGUGCAGGAAAAUUAAGGAGGAAAUUAUGAGGCAGCCUUCCCUGAGGAGCCUUUUCCAAAAUGCAUCUGCCCGAGGUUGGUUUAUGCUCUAAGAAAUGAGACUGUAUUCUGCAAACUGUUCUCUCUUGUUGAUCUGGAUAUUCACAUUAUUCAUGUAAAUGUCUGAUCCCUUCCUGAAUCUCACUUAGGUUUUAGCUGAAGUGAGUUGCAUCAGCUAAUUACAUUUUGCAUGUAAAACAACUGGUGUUUUCUUUUUCUCAUUUUUGCUUUAAAUCUGCUUUUCGGUGUCCCUGGUUUAAAUUCUCCUGAAAAGUCUGAAUGCAGGGCCUAAAUUUAUUAAUCCAGACUUCUCUUUCCCGCCCUACGCACCAGAAAGUGGAAUGGUUACGAGCCCAGCUUUUACAGGUGGUCCAAAUGCUUUACAUGGGGCCUCCAGCACAAAGAGUUUGGGUUAAAAGUAAAGCCUUCUCCUCUUUUGCUUUCGUAAACUGCUCUUGCUGGAAGCGGUGAAUGAAGACCAUGGCUGUCUUCGGGGUCGCAUCAGAGAUUUCAGCUUUGUGUUUGGGGGUCAGUCAGGCAUUUGCACCUGGAUGUCUAGGGAGGCUUUUCCCUGGUAUUUUUAUUACUAAUUUCUUGGCAGCUCAAAUAGAACAUACAGAAGAUACGGUAAGGUUGAACAAAUUGCUGGUUGUGAAUAUGCUGGUCUCGGAGAGCUGGUGUUCAGAAAAUCCUUUGAAGAUGCUAAGAGAAGGAGGGGGAACAGUCUUCCAGUUUUGCUUCAAACUGCAGCUUCCUCCACACAGGUGAUUCCUUCAGUGUUCCUGGCUACUGGACCUGUAAGUACAGGACUAGCAAACUCAGAGAUCUGAUGCAUUUUUUUUUCUUCUUAUAUGUCAACCUUGAGAGGGACCUCUGUCACUACCUGACUGUUAUCUCAAAUUCAGCUGUGAUGAUGACUUCUGUAAGUUAAGUGUGACAAAAUCACAGUGCACUCUGCUGUGCAAUGGGCUGGGGUCGAAAUGGCUAUUAAAUCUGUUCUUUUGCUUGGGCA